CGGAAAGAGAAGAUGCAAGCGACUGAAUUUCAAAUAAUAUGAAAAUAUAAAUAUAUUCGUGUGUUUCUUACAGAACCUCACUCCUGUCUCUGGCAUCAAACCCUCUUCAAAACCCUUCUCUUCUCGUAUCUCUGUCUAUCUGCUGAAUAAUAAUGGAAUCUAUUUCGAGUUCAAUGUUCGUCUCUAGAUUCCCUGAAACAGUCCCAAUUAUCAACACCUCAUCUUCUUCAUAUGCUUCUUCUCCUUCUUCAUCUUCUUCUUCUUCUUCUUCUUCUUCUUCUGACAUAAUCUACCUAUCAGAUAAGCGAAUUGGGUCUCUCAAAUUUCCUGAAACUGCUCGUUUUCCAGGCCUUCGGACUCGGGCUCUUGCACGUGAGCUAUCAGGUGGGGAAGGAGAAGAUCACAGGCCUUUGGAUAAUGGGUUCAGCUUUCUUUCUGAUGAUGAGUCUCUUUUUUUCUCUCAGGAUAAUAAUGAAAAGGAUGCAGAGAAAAUAGUGAAGUUUGAGACACCUUUGGCGGUCGGGGGAACCAGGGCUGGGCUUUUUAGAACUCCAAUUUCAGGUGGAGUGCAAAGUGCAACCUCAGCUCAUGGAUUACCUCGACCAGCCUUAGCAGUCCGCAAUUUGAUGGAGCAGGCCAGAUUUGCUCAUCUAUGUACUGUCAUGUCUCGAAUGCAUCAUAGAAGAGAAGGAUAUCCAUUUGGUUCCUUGGUUGACUUUGCACCAGAUCCAAUGGGCCAUCCAAUAUUUUCAUUUUCUCCAUUGGCUAUCCACACACGAAAUUUAUUAGCAGACCCUAGAUGCACGCUCGUUGUGCAGAUACCUGGAUGGAGUGGCUUGUCAAAUGCUAGGGUAACAAUCUUUGGUGAUGUCUUUCCACUUCCAGAAAAUCAACAGGAGUGGGCUCAUAAGCAGUACAUUGCAAAACAUCAACAAGGGCCUUCGCAACAGUGGGGGAAUUUCUAUUACUUUAGGAUGAAGAACAUAAGUGACAUAUAUUUUAUCGGAGGCUUUGGCACUGUUGCUUGGGUUGAUGUUAAGGAGUAUGAGGCCCUUAAGCCUGAUAAAAUUGCAGUUGAUGGAGGCGAGCAAAAUCUCAAGGAACUUAAUGCAAUCUUCUCAAAGCCCCUUAAAGAGCUCUUGUCCACCGAAGCAGAAAUAGACGAUGCUGCUCUUAUAUCAAUAGACAGCAAAGGAAUCGAUAUCCGGGUCCGUCAAGGUGCACAGUUCAACAUACAGAGGCUAUCAUUUGAAGAAGGGCAUGCGGUUGAAACAUUAGAAGAAGCCAAGGCUGCUCUAUGGAAACUAAUAAACAAAGGCCAAGUUCACAAUUUGCAGAAAUAAGAAUUGGGUGGCAUUGCAUAUUUAUGAAAUUUAUUUACUCUUUAGUCCUUGUGUUAUAGCGUAUUACAUUAGUCAGGACCUUUAUUUUCAAUAAUUUAUUAAAAUAGUCUUUACAUUUUUGUGAUCCUCCAA